AUGGGUUGGGGAAACACUUGGCAUGUGCAAAAAUGGGGGCACAUGAAGGCAUUGCAGGUGGGAGUCGGCAUGCAUGCACACAGUGAGAUAGCAUGGGGGGAGAGUGAGGAGAUGGGGGAGUACCUGAGCCCCGACGAUCCAGUAGAUGUGUCCAUACACGAGACUGUUGAAAGCGGGCUGGAGGAUGGGCUGCCAGAUGCAGAAUUCUUCCCCGCCGCAGCUUUCUUUGCUGACGAUGAGGAAGAAGAAGCAACUUUUGAUACCCGUUUUGAGGUGUUUAGAUUCAUUGCGCACUGCAACCGUGGGGCUGGGCUUAGUGCACCUGAUGUUGUAGAGUUUUUCCGCCUACUCAACCACCCUAAGUUUGAUAGGCAAGCAAUAGCUGACUGGGCUGGGAAGGCGGCCGUUGACAAAUUCGCCGAGGAAGAGCUCAGGAUUGAGAAGAUUAAGUUCAAAACGGCUGUGAUCAGGGUGGCGGGAUGGCCUAAGUCUUUCACCGUCAAGUUCCUUGAUGGGGUUGAGGCAUUGAGGCGCAUGUGGGCGGAUCCUCGAAACGCCCCUGGGUUUGUACAUCGUGCGGCAGAGAAGCUGGAUGUCAACAACAAGAGAGUGUACGCUGAGGCUCACACAGCAUCAUUCUGGAUUGAUGCUCAGGAUGGGCUUGGUCCGCGGGAGUGCAUCUGUCCACUCAUUCUCUCAAGUGAUGAGACUCAUUUGAGUGUGAAGGUGCUGCUGCAGCUGAAUGCGGCGUGGGGCAUGUGGGCGGGCAACAGCAACGCCACCACCACGUGCUCUGCAUGGGCUGGCGUCACCUGCAGCCCCAAAGGGCUCGUCGUUUCCCUGUGA